AUGCCAUCGCGAGCCAGCCCUCCCCGAAAGGCAAACUUGACGCCUGACUAUGAGGCCAGGCUCCUGCUCAACCCAGAAGUAGUGCUCAACACCGACUACGAGCUAAACAGAGAUGUUCUGCUAGCCUUUGGUAUUACUAAGUCCAUUUCGAUGAAUGUUCAAUUUUUCGAUACCGACUCAAAGGACAUCUCUGCUGCCGACUGGAGCAUCCGCGUCCGCAAGAGGGAGGACAAGAGCGACCUCGAGCUGACGUAUAAGAAACGUUACAAUAUCGCCAGUGGCGACGUUGAUGCAGCGCUCGCAGUGGCCAGCAUCGAUGGUUUCGAUGCUGAUGACACAAAAUAUGAGGCGCAAGUCGAAUGGGGCCUCACGACUCGGGUUCUGUCCAUCAGCCGCGACAAAGAAGCGCGGAGUCCAACUAAUGGGGCGGACCUGCCGAAUGCAACGGACUCUCGGAAAAUGCUCAUCGACGAAGCGCCUGGUAAGUUUGACGAUUGGAGACGGAAGAAAUGGGGCACAGCCGCGUUGAAUAGGUCGCGGCCUUACGGGCCGGUGUUUGCCAGGCGCUGGAUUGGCGCAUGGGGCGACCUGAAGCUAUACGUCGAGGUCUGGCCAAUCCGCACUGACUCGGACGGGAAAAUGAUACAUAUCGUUGAGGCAUCUUUCAAGACGAGCAGCCGUCAAACGGCUGAGACUGAACACUCCAAGCUCGCCACCUAUCUGGAGGACAAGAAGUGGCUUCUCGCACAGGACGCACAAAAGACACAGCUCAUUUUGGAGAACUACUAG